AGCGCUCUCCUUACCCGCGUUCACUACCUUUCCCCGGCCCCGGGACAUUUGGAAUCUCGAUCUCCUCUUAAGCGUCUCCGGGGGAAAUUGCUGGAGUGAGACCCCUCCUUGACCCUCUCGGCCAGGCUGUGGGCUGGCGGGGCACGCUUGGGCGGGUGUCCCGGGCUACAACCAUCGGGACUCCAGCCUCGAACGGGAGGGGGCGCGGCCGUGACUCACCCUUCACUCCCUCCCUCCCUCCCUUCGUCCCUCCCUCCCUCCCAGACAGACACCCUCCCCUGCCGUCCCGCUCCGGACUCCGACUACGCUCCGGUUGCAGUUUGCAGCCUCUGCUGCCGCCGCGGCCACCUAUUCGCUGGCUUGUUCAGGUGGCUGUCGCUUCGAUGUCCUCCUAAUCUUGGGGCCCCCGGGCUAGACUCGGCUAGGCUCCCUUCACCCUCCGCUGGAAGCAUGAGGGCAGUUGGAAUUCUGCAGGUGCUGGGCUUCCUUCUCAGCCUGGCCCGGGGUUCCGAGAUGGGCAACUCUCAGGCAGUGUGUCCUGGGACUCUGAAUGGGCUGAGUGUGACGGGCGAUGCCGACAAUCAGUACCAGACGCUGUACAAAUUGUAUGAGAAGUGUGAGGUGGUCAUGGGUAACCUGGAGAUCGUGCUCACAGGACACAAUGCUGACCUCUCCUUCCUGCGAUGGAUCAGAGAAGUGACAGGCUAUGUCCUGGUGGCCAUGAAUGAAUUCUCUGUACUACCCUUGCCUAACCUCCGAGUGGUCCGGGGAACCCAGGUCUACGAUGGGAAGUUCGCCAUCUUUGUCAUGUUGAACUACAACACCAACUCCAGCCAUGCUCUGCGCCAGCUCCGGUUCACUCAACUUACUGAGAUUCUGUCAGGGGGCGUUUACAUUGAAAAGAAUGACAAACUUUGCCACAUGGAUACAAUUGACUGGAGGGACAUCGUGAGAGUUCGAGGCGCUGAGAUAGUGGUGAAGAACAACGGGGGGAACUGUCCACCCUGUCAUGAGAUCUGCAAGGGGCGAUGCUGGGGGCCUGGACCGGAAGACUGCCAGAUAUUGACCAAGACCAUAUGUGCCCCUCAGUGUAACGGUCGCUGCUUUGGGCCCAAUCCUAACCAGUGCUGCCAUGAUGAAUGUGCAGGUGGCUGCUCUGGACCCCAAGACACAGAUUGCUUUGCCUGCCGACGCUUCAAUGAUAGUGGGGCCUGUGUGCCCCGGUGUCCAGAGCCUCUUGUGUACAACAAGCUAACUUUCCAGCUUGAGCCCAACCCCCAUACCAAGUAUCAGUACGGAGGAGUCUGUGUUGCCAGUUGUCCCCAUAACUUUGUGGUGGAUCAGACAUUUUGUGUCAGGGCUUGUCCUCCUGACAAGAUGGAAGUAGAUAAGAAUGGACUCAAGAUGUGUGAGCCUUGUGGAGGGCUGUGCCCAAAAGCCUGUGAGGGGACGGGCUCUGGAAGCCGCUACCAGACAGUAGACUCUAGCAACAUCGAUGGGUUUGUGAACUGUACCAAGAUCCUGGGCAACCUGGACUUCCUCAUCACUGGCCUCAACGGUGACCCCUGGCACAAGAUCCCUGCACUGGACCCGGAAAAGCUCAAUGUUUUCAGGACAGUCCGGGAGAUUACAGGCUAUCUAAACAUCCAGUCCUGGCCCCCUCACAUGCACAACUUCAGUGUUUUUUCCAAUCUGACAACCAUCGGGGGCAGAAGCCUCUACAACCGGGGCUUCUCCUUGUUGAUCAUGAAGAACUUGAAUGUCACAUCUCUGGGCUUCCGGUCCUUGAAGGAAAUUAGUGCUGGGCGUGUCUACAUAAGUGCCAAUCAGCAGCUUUGUUACCACCACUCUCUGAACUGGACCAGACUGCUUCGGGGGCCUUCGGAAGAGAGACUUGACAUCAAAUACAACCGGCCUCUGGGAGAAUGUGUGGCAGAGGGCAAAGUGUGUGAUCCACUGUGCUCCUCUGGGGGAUGCUGGGGCCCAGGCCCCGGUCAGUGCUUGUCUUGUCGAAACUACAGCCGGGAAGGUGUCUGUGUGACUCACUGCAAUGUUCUGCAAGGGGAACCCCGUGAGUUUGUUCAUGAGGCUCAAUGUUUCUCCUGCCAUCCAGAAUGCCUACCCAUGGAGGGCACCAGCACAUGCAAUGGCUCGGGCUCCGAUUCAUGUGCUCAAUGUGCUCAUUUUCAUGAUGGGCCCCACUGUGUGACCAGCUGCCCCCAUGGAAUCCUAGGUGCCAAAGGUCCAAUCUACAAAUAUCCAGAUGCUCAGAAUGAGUGCCGGCCCUGCCACGAGAACUGCACCCAAGGGUGUAAGGGACCAGAACUACAAGACUGUUUAGGCCAAACAGAGGUAUUGAUGAGCAAACCCCACUUGGUAAUAGCGGUGACAGUAGGACUGGCCGUGAUCUUCCUGAUUCUGGGAGGCUCUUUUCUCUAUUGGCGUGGACGCAGAAUUCAGAAUAAAAGGGCUAUGAGACGCUACUUGGAGCGGGGUGAGAGCAUCGAACCUCUGGACCCAAGCGAGAAGGCAAACAAAGUCUUGGCUAGAAUCUUCAAAGAGACAGAGCUGAGGAAACUUAAAGUGCUUGGCUCUGGUGUCUUUGGAACUGUACACAAGGGGGUUUGGAUUCCUGAGGGUGAAUCCAUCAAGAUUCCAGUCUGCAUCAAAGUCAUUGAAGACAAAAGUGGGCGGCAAAGUUUUCAGGCUGUGACUGAUCACAUGCUGGCCGUUGGCAGCCUGGACCAUGCCCACAUUGUACGGCUCCUGGGACUGUGCCCAGGGUCAUCUCUGCAGCUUGUCACUCAGUACUUGCCUCUGGGCUCCCUCCUUGAUCAUGUGAGACAGCACCGUGAAACACUGGGACCACAGCUGCUGCUCAACUGGGGAGUACAAAUUGCCAAGGGUAUGUAUUACCUGGAAGAACACAGCAUGGUACACAGAGACCUCGCACUCCGGAAUGUGAUGCUCAAGUCACCAAGUCAGGUCCAGGUGGCAGAUUUUGGUGUGGCCGACCUGCUGCCCCCAGAUGAUAAGCAGUUACUACACAGUGAGGCCAAGACUCCAAUUAAGUGGAUGGCCCUUGAGAGUAUCCACUUUGGGAAAUACACUCACCAGAGUGAUGUCUGGAGUUACGGUGUAACAGUUUGGGAGUUGAUGACCUUUGGGGCAGAGCCCUAUGCAGGGCUACGACUGGCUGAAAUACCAGAUCUGCUAGAGAAGGGAGAGCGCUUAGCACAGCCCCAGAUCUGCACCAUUGAUGUCUACAUGGUGAUGGUCAAGUGUUGGAUGAUUGAUGAGAAUAUUCGCCCAACCUUUAAAGAGCUAGCCAAUGAGUUUACCAGGAUGGCCCGUGACCCUCCAAGGUAUCUGGUCAUCAAGAAAGCAAGUGGGCCUGGAAUACCCCCCGCAGCAGAGCCCUCUGCUCUGAGCACCAAAGAGUUGCAGGAAGCAGAGCUGGAGCCAGAACUGGACCUAGACCUAGACUUGGAGGCAGAGGAGGAGGGCCUGGCAACCACAGUAGGUUCUGCCCUCAGCUUGCCUACAGGAACACUUACCCGACCACGUGGGAGCCAGAGUCUUUUAAGUCCCUCAUCUGGAUACAUGCCCAUGAAUCAGAGCAAUCUCGGGGAGGCUUGUCUGGGGCGUCUAGCAUCAGAGUCAUCAGAGGGCCAUGUGACGGGCUCUGAGGCUGAACUCCAAGAAAGAGUAUCCGUGUGUAGGAGCCGAAGCCGGAGCCGGAGCCGGAGCCCACGGCCACGUGGGGACAGUGCCUACCAUUCUCAGCGACACAGCCUGCUUACUCCUGUCACCCCGCUCUCCCCGCCAGGGUUAGAGGAAGAGGAUGGCAAUGGUUACGUCAUGCCAGAUACGCACCUCAGAGGUACAUCCUCUUCCCGGGAAGGCACCCUUUCGUCAGUAGGUCUCAGUUCUGUGCUGGGUACCGAAGAGGAAGAUGAGGAUGAGGAGUAUGAAUACAUGAACCGGAAGAGGAGGGGUAGCCCAGCUCGGCGCCCCAGGCCUGGUUCCCUUGAAGAGCUGGGUUAUGAAUACAUGGAUGUAGGUUCAGACCUCAGUGCUUCUCUGGGCAGUACACAGAGUUGUCCGCUCCAUCCCAUGUCCAUCGUGCCCUCUGCUGGCACAAGUACAGAUGAGGACUAUGAAUACAUGAACCGCAGGCGUGGUGCAGGUGGUGCCGGAGGGGAUUAUGCAACGAUGGGGGCCUGCCCAGCUGCUGAACAAGGGUAUGAGGAGAUGAGAGCUUUCCAGGGGCCUGGACAUCAAGCCCCCCAUGUUCGUUAUGCCCGCCUCAAAACUCUGCGUAGUUUAGAAGCCACCGACUCUGCCUUUGACAACCCAGAUUACUGGCAUAGCAGGCUUUUCCCCAAGACUAAUGCCCAGAGAACUUAACCUCUGUUCCUUGAGACUCUUUCAGAACAUUUAUUUGAUGGCAGCUAGUGCCUCUUUGAGGGUACCCCUCCAUCACCCCUCUCUCUGAGGUCCCACCUCCAUUUCUCCAACAAUGCUGUCCAGCUCUUGGAGACUUGUCAACAUAUCCUCACAAACUUGUUGUGGUACAUAGCCAGUGCUGCACUCUCUUUUCUUCCCAACCCCAUUCCUCAGCUUCCUCAGGGAGAUUCCCUGGAGAUAUGAAGGAUUACUCUCUAGACCCCUGCGCUCAGGCUCUUACUCAUUGGGACUAGACUCUUAAACUUUGCCUUUCUUCCCCAUCAGACUCUAUAAAGAAGGAGAGAUGAAAUAGAAAAGUAAAACUUUUGUUUAUGAGACUUUUAAUGCCGGGGAAGAUUGAGACACUUAAAGCUUUGAGGAGUAGAUACCAAUAACUAUGCUGACCAUGUACUGUGAGCUAGGCAUCUUCAUGCUGAACUCUGCCUACAUUGUCUCAAUUAUAAUCUUACCAGUUUUAUGAGGUAGAACUGAUCCUGUUUCACCAAUACGAAGUCCUUCUGAGUGUUCCAAGAUAGCCAGCAGGUCCCGGAAUCUUUGAAUAGUACUGAAUCCUGUAGUUUGUUUGUUUUUUUAAAAUACUUUAGUUGGUGUACAAAACUGAAUUCUGUGUUUAGUGGCUUUUCCAUCGUAACUAAGAACUUAUCGUUCUUUUCAGUUUGAGGUGCCACAGCAGAGGUUGUACUGAUUUUUCUAUUUUUCUAAUUUAAUGGAUCUGUUAUUAGACAUUUCCAUAUGAUACCCACCCCCCCACCCCCCGUGGGAAGUCAAGAACUUCCACCUUUUCUCAAUCAGUCAAAUAACCAGGCGGGUAAUUAAGUGACUAAAGAGCAAAUAGGUUAUUCAGUGUGGGUGCACUAGGCAGAGAGAUGACUCAUCUACCAAGUAGAACAGGAAAGGGCAGCUGUGAUUUCAGAAUGUAUACUAUGUAAACUGUAGGGAUUAUUUAUUUCAGGAACUUGUCAUUCAGCAUUUUUAGAUUGUAGUUGAUCACAGGGCACUAAAACUGUGGACAGCAAAACCUCAGAGAAUGGGGGAUUGAGCCCUGAAACCUCAGAGAAUGGGGGAUUGAGCCCUGAAGAAAGAAGCCACAGGUGCAGGAUUCAAAAUCUUUUCAAUUCCCAUGCCUGUGCUUUUACUAUAAAGUGGUAUGUGUGUGUGUGUGUGUGUCUGUGUGUGUGUGUGUGUGUGUGUGUAAAACUGGGUCUGGUGACUGGCCUGGAACUGUGUAGCCCAGGAUGGCCUUGGAUUCUACACACAGCAAUCCUGUCUUCCCCUCUCAAAGGCUGUGGCUAUAAUGUGAGCUACCAGACUCUGUUUAUGCACUGAAUCAAACAAAUGCCACCAGCCAUGUUUUCCUCCAGCACCCAGGCCUCUCAUCUCAGGAAGGAGUGGAGACAACACAGAAGGACAUUAACUAGACAUUUUUGUGUAAGCUGCAGGCCAUACACGUUGCAGAUAUAUAUUCCUUAUAAGCCAAUUUGCAAAGGUUCCAAGACCAUUUUAGGAGCUGUUCUCAACCAGUAAUGAGAAACUUCUGGUGGGAUAGAAAGAGGAUCCAUCUUCAGACCUCAAGUUUUCCUGGAUGGAAACUUGGGGGAAAUGUCUUCUUGUACCAUUAAAGUUUUUUGUUUUGUUUUUAUACAUGUCUAAAUAAAAAUGUCAACUUUU